CGGCCAUGACUAUUGCUGAUGAUGAAGUUCGUAUUUUAAACCUAAGCACGGGUGCCACGUAUCCGCAAGAACUUUCCCAUCCCCAAGACCCUAUUCUUGCAUCUCUUGGGAUGUUUAUCGUUGAUGAUAAUGAAUAUCCAGCCUCAUCUGGGCGGCCAAAUGAGUACGACAUACUUGGUGGUGGUGGAACAUAUGCUGUUCUUGGAGGGCGUAUUGUCUCAGGAAUAUCCAAGGCACGAUUAAUCACUAGUGUAUUCGACAUUGGUAAUGAUUUUGCUCCUUCUGUUAAAGAAGAGAUUGAGACAUGGAAAACUGGAGUUGCAUUUCGUAAAGAUGAAAAUCGUAAAACUACCAGAGGUGUAAACGUUUACGACGAAAAUGAUGUUCGGCAUUUUUAUUAUAAGACUGAUAAGAAAAGAGUGGAAGCAGAAGAUGUUAUUGAAACAGACAAUCUUAUAUUUCUGAAGACAUUUCAUUUUUGCUGUGCAAUUGAUCGCUGUGAAUCAAUGAUUGAUAAGCUAACCAAGAAAGUAAAACAGUUAGACUCUUCUAGACCUAGACCUAAAUUUAUCUUUGAGCCUUCCCCAGAUGCUUGUAUUUCAGAAAACUAUGAAGAAUUAAUCAGAGUAUUACCUAAAGUUGAUGUUUUCACACCUAAUCUUAAUGAAGCAGCUGAGUUUGCCGGGGUUAAAACGCUACCCACCACUGAAGAAGAGAUUCACCAAUUAUCUUUGAAAUUUACUCCGUAUAUGAAAUUACCAAAUUCUGGUGUAUUGAUAAGAUGUGGGCCUUUGGGCUGUUAUGUUAAUGCACCAGGAGCUACCAAGUUAUUACCAGCGUAUCAUAUAGAUCAAUCUAAGGUUGUUGAUGUUACCGGUGGAGGCAAUUCAUUCUGUGGAGCAUUAGCUGCUGCGUUGGUUCUUUCAAAUGGCGAUUGGUUAUAUUCGGCUAUCAUGGGCACACUUAUCAGUGGAUGCAUAAUUGAAAAGUUGGGAGUUGCCUGCGUUGAAAAAGAUGAAAUAUGGAACGGAAAGACUUUAAAAGAUCGUUUACAAUAUUACUUAAAUAGAGAACAGGAUUUAGCGAAAACUUACAAAAUUUUAUAGAAUAAUACCAUGC